AUAGAUAAUACACCAAAGAGUAUAGUAACUGUCCUAUACAGGAAUAAUACACUAUAUACAAGUCUUGUGGUCUUGUAGAAGUCUCAUGGUAAUUACUCCGAGUAUGAAAGCGCAGUGAAAGUAUGCGGUUAGAAUCUACUAGUUAGUCUGUGGUGAAAGUCACAGAGUACUUUGGUGAAAGUGGUACUUAAACUAGGUGAUUACAGAGUACUUUGUAUAAACCCGGGAAUUUUUUUAUACUCUUUGGCUGGAAGUGUAGCUAAUUCUUUCAUAUAAAUCAAAAUUGCUACGAAAAAUUUAUAAAUACAUUAAAUAUGUACAAUUAUUGAUUAAACGUGGUAAUUUAAAUACUCUUUGAUUGAUUUAACAAUAACACUAAGUAAUUUUUUACCACCCACUAUAACAUUCCAUCAAUACGUGGUAAAUUAUUGAAUACUUAAUAUUUUGUUGUUUUAUCGUGUUAUCGUUUUUUCAUCACUGUCUAAUAAAUACGUUAUAUUAUAUAGGUACGUAGACGGACGUACACGUAAAUUAUUACAGUUUCAGUUCUAACAGAUAUUUAGCCUAAAAAUUUUAUACGUGUAUUUAACUAUAUAAAAUGCUGAAGUUAACUUGGCUAAGCUUAUUUUCACCCAGGUUGUAUAGAAAACAUGGGGAUGGACCAAGUGAUGUUCUAUACCAACCACACAAAUUAGAAAAAUGGGGAGAUGUAGUAAUUAAAACGGUUAACGCAGUGACAAAUAUAAGCCUAUAUACAUCACCAUUUAUUGGCAUGUAUAUUUAUAAAAAAGGACUUUAUACAUUAGAGAAAACACAAAGCAUGGUACCACUUUUUGCUGGUGUUGGCUGGUUUAUAGCUCUCUCAUUUGUUGUAAGAGCUUUGGGCAGGGUAUCGAAUCCGAAAUAUGUUGAAUUUUUGAAGGAUCUGACUAAUACAAGCAUUGACCAGAAAACUUAUUUGCAAUCCAUAAGAAAAUAUGAUUUUGAGUUUAAUAAAUGGCCAGUCUCUUACUCUAUGCCUCCCAAAACAAGCUCCAAGUGGCUGCAGACUAAUCCAUUUGAUCAGUGCGCAAAUAAUGACUUACCUACAUAUCAGAGGGUUGCUAUUCAAGUAUUGGCAUAUGUUGCUGUCCAUACAUUUGGACUCAGACUUAUUUAUCCAGGAACUCUCAGUCUCAUUCAAACUUCCUUAUGGUACCCCCUUCCCUUCUCAAGAACAUUCAGCAAUUGAUGUUGUAAUGCAGUAUGCGAUUAAUGAGCUUGGCUUUGAAGUUAAAGAUAUAGUAUUGUUUGGAUGGAGCAUUGGAGGGUAUACAGCAACUUGGGCUGCAGUAAAUUAUCCGGAAGUGAUGGCCUUGGUACUAGAUGCCACAUUUGAUGAUCUCCUGCCAAUAGCUCAGAACCAAAUGCCACAAUCUUGGUCGCGGCUGGUCAAAGAAGUAGUACGUUCCUAUGCUGAUUUAAACAUAGCACAGAUGAUAAGAAAGUACUCUGGGCCCGUACAUCUAAUAAGACGGACUAAAGACGAAGUUAUAUGUCUAAGACAAGGCCUGGUGAAUACAAACCGUGGUAACAGUCUUUUAAUAAAGUUCAUAGAAGCUAGAUAUCCAGAUGUCACAAGUGAAGAGUUGGCUAUAUUGGAGAAGUAUGUCUGUCUCCUAAGUACCCAACGAGCUGCUUUAGAGCGUGGUCAAAUUGGAGAUAGUGACCGUAAAAUAUUGAGAUUGUUUCCCAAUUGAUUCGGAAGUAAAAUGAAAUUGAGUUAUAGCAACUGGUAAGAAGUAUUGAGAACCUACUAAAUAUUCUCGACUUUGCUCCAGGCACUUUGAAAGGAAUUUAUUAGUCCGAAAAAGAACAAGAACUGAAUUGUUUCGUAAUGCUGUCCCAACACUUGAUACAAUAAAGGAGGAUGUUACAAACAUAGAAGGACCUGAACGUGAUGAAUCAUGAUUUAGUGAUUGAACAACCAAAUACGUCACUAGGUACGCCAAGAAGUCUUACCAAGAGAUUGAAACAGCAGAUUUUCUGUGAGAGAAGAGUUUGAGAAUGGUGCGCGCUCUUCGUCAGAAAACAAGGCGUCUAAAGAUAAAAGUGGAAAAUCUGGAACAAAUUCGUGAAAAGUUUAAGGCCAAAGCUCUUGUAAACGAAGAAGAUAGCAAUCUACUUAACUCGAUCGAUUCCAACAAUAAAAAUGUCCUUAUGUUGACAAUCACAAAAUGCUUCUGAUUAAAACUGUCGCUUUAAGAUAUCUUGAAAUAAGAAUACACUUAAAAGUGGUAGAGCCACGCGGUAGAUUUUGUUGUCGCACGGAACACCUCACAGAAUACCAGCGUGAAAUAGAGGUUUACCUCUGAAUUUCGCUUGGUGAGUGCAGGUGGCCGCAGAUCCAAUCCACCCCCCCCCCCCUCCCAUCAACAUGGUGGCGGAAUUAAACGAAAGACUACCCCAGGAGAGUACCAGCACCCCUGGAGAAUCCCUCGCUGAGCAUUCAGGGCCAAGCUACUCCACUCCUGAGCGUGGGUGCUCAGGGUGCCCCGCGUACUCUAGGGGGUGCAAAAUUCCGCUCGCUACUAAUACUGCUUGGGAUAAGCGAAGCAAUAAGACCAAGGCGACCCCUAUCACGCUAUUCGUGAAUUUUUGCAACAUCAGGGGACUUCAUUCCAACCUUAAUGCUGUCCAUUACCACCUAGAGACGACAAAGCUGGCCUUGCUCUUUUUAACCGAGACUCAGGUGUCCUCUCCAGCUGAUACUUCAUAUCACUCCUACCCGAGGUACAAAUUAGAACACUCCUUUGUUCCCCGGGCUGGAGUUUGCGUAUACGUCAGAGAGGACAUCUGUUUUCGACGCCUCGGCAGUCUUGAAGGUACGGACCUGUCCAUCCUAUGGCUACGCGUAGACAGCAACGACCAUCCCCGAGUCUACGGGUGCCUAUAUAGGUCCCAUAGCGGUAAUGCAGAAACAGACCGACUCAUCGACAACGUCCAAAUGGCUACAGAUUCCUUGUUACAUCAGAUCCCAUCCGCAGAGAUCGUGAUCCUUGGCGAUUUUAACGCCCACCACGCCGAAUGGCUCGGUUCACGGUUAUUUUUGGCUUUUGCUAUGGUCUUAAACAGCUGGUUACUCCGCCUACGCGGAUUCCUGACGUGGAGGAUCAUGCACCUUCCCUGUCGGACUUUCUGCUGACCUCUCAUCCGAACGGAUAUCAGGUUGCCGCCGUGUUUGGCACUAUAGGUCGGCCGAUUGGGAUAGGAUGCGGUCUUUUUUUGCAUCCUACCCUUGGGGGAGGGAUUGCUUCUCGGAAGAUCCCAACUUUGUUGCUGAUUCUGAAAAAAAAAUACAUCAUGAAACCACAAAAAUUAGCUAGUCCGUCGAAAAAAUUAGGAAUAUUCAUACUAAAUGAGUUUUAUUUCAAAGACAAUAAUAAUUAAAUUGGAAUUACCAUUAUAUAUGAGUCUAAUUAUUGUAAUUUUCUUAACAAAUAAAUAUGUUUUAAUAUUUGUUAUUAAUAUUACAUAUUUGUUUCAUUUGCUUUAAUUAUCCUAUCCUAAUAACAUGUGAAUAAAAUGGCCUAAAAUUACUGACGUACGCUUCACAAACAUAAUCUCCCUAUUUUGUCGGUAACAUUGCCAAAAUGGCAAUACUGUGAUGCGUUAAUGAAAGGCAGAAUAGCGGUUACGUGACCCCGCCGUCUAUUGGAUUCUCUGUCUACGACAAUUACCAACUGAAGUUGUCGCGCGCAUCGUAACAACUUCAUGGUGUCGUCUUUAGGCUCCUAAAGACGAGAUCAUCAUUCACUCAUCAUUUUUCUCAAACUAACCAAAAGAAGUAUAACUUCAAAAGACUGUAUAUGAAAUGCCUUGGUUAAGGUAGUGCAAGCUAGCAUGCAUUUCUUGCCUAAACUCACCACACUUGGAUGUUGGAUUAGUGAGGGAAGAACCGAUACUUGUGCACUGGCAGUAAUGUUCUUCCUACCAGUUGUUAUCAAGGGUCUCACUUAUCAGUAGGAUUUUAUCGGAGAAGAAGUAGCUGUCAUGAGAAAAAUUUUAGUAUAAAAAAAGUUUAUAAGCUUCUAUCCAAAUUUUUAUAUGUGUCAUGUUUUAAUCCACAGAUCUCAACACACAUGCAAGAUUUUGUUACAACACAUUGCACGCCUCUACCAGAGGACUUCUUUAUGAGAAUAAUGGAUAACAUUACAGCAAACAAGAAGGAGUAAUGAAAUAUUAUUAAUUGUAAAUGAAUUAGUCUUUGUGUCGAAAUCUUAUGACUGUGUAAGGUGUGGUUAAUACAAAACUUUUUC